UGUACCAGGAGUCUUGUCGCAGAGAAUUGGGGAAAGAGGCGCAGAACAAGUGGUUUGAAGUUUGGCGAACCCUAAUCUGGAAUCAAUUCGCUGUCUUCGCCAUAGAUUUCUCUUUUACAAGUUGUCCUUCUAUCGGAAGCAGUGUGUCCUCGUGAAUCUUCUCCUCUGGUUCUUUUCGGAUUCAUCGCUCUGUUUCUGGAUGCUUCAUCGAUGUGGUUAUCGGUUGUUUGAUCUCUGUAUUGGAGAAGGAAUCUCUUCUUCCUUCGGUUGAGCGAUUUUCUCUCUGUAUCGGUGUCACGUCCUACUUGAUUCAGGGGAUUGAAAUUAUAUGCUGUGGUUCGCUCCACUGCAGUGGAAAACCAGGUUUUUGUUUGGUCCUGUAUGGCUUCCGAGAAUGACUGGGAAACUGGGGGAUGUAUUGCGGUGACACAAGAAAGGUGCGAGCUUUAGAAUUGAUUUAACUGGGUUUGGAUUAUUAUUUUGUUUUUGGAGGCAAACUCAAUCAUGGUGGCUUCUGGUUUCGUGAGUAGUCUGCAAAAUUUGUGGCCUUUUUCAGUGUGGAAAUACGAUGACCUGAGACGGUCGUCGGAGUUGGUUGGCAGACUUUCAGUACCCGAAAGCACAAAAAACUUUGUCUUUGCCAUUAGAGUCCCGGAGAAUGAUUCUGUAAUUUACAUACUCUCUGCGCAGAAUUUGUCUGAGAGAUCUGCUAGAGAUGCCGAGUGUCUUAUCAAGGAAGUCCGUCCUGAUGCAGUAGUGGUUCAAGUCGAUAAAUCAGCCAUGGCUGAAAGUCAGAAUGAGGAGAGUGGAUUAGGAGAUGGCUCCACUGAUUCAGUUCCCACAUCAGCGUUUCAAGUGCUUAAACAAUGCUUCGUGGACAAGGUCAACAAAGAAAAUUAUGAGAGCGUUGCUGGGAUCCUGGUUUUAAGGGAGAUUUUCGGGACUAGCUUUAACGGGCAUUACUUAGCUGCCAAGAGGAUGGCUGAGCAGGUUGGUUCGUCGUUUAUGGUACUUGAAUCUCCCUUUGUCAAUAUCUCUGCCAUGGAUUGUUCCUCCGGAGAAUUCGAGACAGGAAACAAGUUGCAAGGCUUAGCCAAUAGUUUCCUUCCACUGUAUUCUGGCUCUAAUGUACUAUCAACAUCUAGGAGGUCUCUUAUAACCAACGAAGUGCAGGCACGGAUGCUGAAGUUGCUAUCUUCGCAUAUUAACCAGCUCAGUAAAGAGUUUGGCCCUUCAGCUGGUGAACCCAAUGAGAUUCAACCACUUGAGAAUUAUGCGGUUCCAUCAUUUGCUCAGUCGAUUUAUCCCUUGCUUGUGGACCUCCAUGAUAUAUUUAACGACCUCCCAUUUAUCGGUAGAGCUCUAGCCAAUGCCAGAAAGAUGCUGUCUGAUGUAAAUAGAGGGGAAGCCGUGGAUGCAAAGAUCGUUUCUGAGGUUUAUAUAUUUCAGAUUGCAGUUGAAGGUCUAAGAAUUGCUCUGAACAACGCCGGUCGUGUACCCAUCAAGAACAUGGGAAGUUCGAGCCUGAUUGAAGUUGAUUUUUCAAAGCUGUCAUCGGAGGACAAAUCUUAUGCCCUUAUUGCAGAUCUACUUAAAAACCAGGCUGAAAAGUUUAAGACUAUAGUAGCUAUAGUAGAUGCUAGCAACCUUGCUGGUCUUAGGAAGCAUUGGAAUACAUGUGUUCCUCGGGAGGUGAAGGAUAUGUCUGGACAUAUAUUAACAGGCAUUGAUGAUGAUGAUGACAAUAAGAGCAAUAACUCAAAGUUGAAACGACUGUUAUCUGAUAAACCUGUGGUAGCGGUCGGUGCAGGUGCAACUGCUCUCUGGAGCGCUUCAUCACUCUCCAAGGCAAUUUCUGCUUCUCCCUUCAUGAAGAUUGUAACUUUCAAAGUCCCAUCUUCGUUGAAUCUUUUCUUGACACAUACCCAGAAGGUAAUGACGCUGGCCUUUAGUAAGGUAAUGGGUCCAUCGAAAGUGAUGAUGGCUCCGGGUUUUGCGAGCUCUGGAGCCAAAUCAACUUCCGUGCUAAAGGCAUCUCUAUCCGCCGAGAAAAUCCGAGCAGUAACCCAUAGCCUCAUUGCUUCUGUCGAGAAGACGAGUUUCUCUGCCAUGAGAACUGCAUUCUAUGAAAUAAUGAGGAAAAGACAAGCAAGACCUCUCCGUGCUCUGCCAUUGGCGACGUUCGGGGCCAGCCUUGCAACUUGUACGGGAUUGGUUGUGUACGGAGAUGGGAUCGAAUGUGCAGCCGGAUCUCUUCCUUCAGCCCCUUCCAUUGCGAACUUGGGCCGAGGGAUUCAGAACUUACGAGAGGCGUCUCAGGUAGUGAGGCAGAUCGAAGGCAACAAGAUACAAAACUCUAUUGAGUCCCUUAUGCAAAGACUGAAGAAAGUGAAGAUACAAUAAAGAAGUCCCCUUUGCCAUUUGUGUUUCCCUUUGGAUCACUGUAAAUACUCAUUUUGGUCUGAUUGGAACUUGAUCUUUGAUUUUUGACAUGAAAAAAAAACGUAAAAAUAAAUGUUGGUUUCAUGAU